AUGUCCGAUUUACCAAAAAUUAAAAAAGAUAUAAAAAAAGAACCCCCAAAGCAAAAGAGAUUUUACAUAGGUUCAUUAAACACAACUUUAGGACAAGAAUUAGUAGAAAAAUUAAGAAAUUAUAAUAUAAAUGAUGAAAAUCCACAUAUUAUAGUAGGAUCAUUAUCUAAAGCAUAAACUGAUAAUCCCGUACCAAAAGGAGUAUUUAGAGUUAUAGAUACUAAAAAAGUAGAUUUUUUAUCUAAAGUUUUACUUGAUUCUGAUAUUAUUAUAUAUGAUUUAAAUACAUGUGAUUUAGAAGAAGCAGAAUUCGCAAUAAAAAUAUUUAAAAUGGGAGAAUAUAAAGAUGAGAAAAUUUUAAUUUUUAUUUCUAGUAUAAUGGUUUGGUCUAAUACUCCCUUAAAAGAAAAAAAAGAAGGAGAUGAUGCAAAUGAAGAAUAAGAAGAAGGUUUAGAAGAGCCUUAAAGUGAAGAAGAUGAAAAUGCACCUCCUCCAUAAUAAGAAGAAGAAGAAAUAUAAAAAAAAACUUAUAUAAGAUAUACUGAAAAAGAUUAUACUUAAAGAAAUCCAUUACCCAAAUAUGAAAUUUUAAAAUCUUUAGAAACAUUGUGUAUAUCAGCUGGAAAUACAAAACCAAAUUUGAAAACAUAUGUAUUAUGUGCUGGUAUAUAAUAUGGUAAUGGCGAAGAUGUUUUAUAUGAACGUUAUUUUAAGGUAUUUUUUUUUUAAUAAAAUAAAAAAAUUUUAAAAUAAAAUAAAAAGUAAGCUUGGCUUUAAAAUCCUAAAGAAUUAUUAAUAUUCGGAGAAGGAAAAAAUAGAAUUCCGAGUAUUCAUGUUAAAGAUUUAGCAACUUUUGCAUAAAAACUAACCGAAAAACAACCUAAUUAAAGCUAUAUUUUUGCCAUAGAUCAUAAUUAAAAACCUACCUAAUUAAGUUUAGUAAAAGCCAUAAGUAAAGGUUUAGGUACUGGUCUAGUUAAAAAUAUUGGAUAUGAAGAGGCUCUUUAAUAUGAGAAUUUUGAUGUUUUUACAGUUGAUGUGAGAAUACGACCAACUAAAGCAUUUGAUUAGUUCCUAAGUUAAGAAGAUGAAGAAGAGGAAAAUAAUGAAGAAGAAGAAGGGGUUGAGAAGAAAGAAAAAUUCAAAUUCGAAUGGCAUUGUAAAGAAGGAUUGCCUGCAAAUAUUUAAAAAUUAAAUAAAUAAUUUAAUGACUAUAGAUUCUUAAAACCUAAUAAGAUUUUAAUUUGUGGACCUCCUGCUAGUGGAAAGAGUUAUUUUGGAGAACAAUUAUCUUAAUAUUAUAAUAUACCACAUAUAAAAAUUCAACAAGUAAUAGAGGAAAUAAAAAAUGCAUAAAAUGAAUUGUCUGAAGAAAUAAAAUAAUACUGCGAAGAAUAAAAAGAAGCUUUAAUAGAAAAAGCUUAAUACGAAUUCGAAAUUGAAAAAAAAAAAAAAAAAGGAAAAAAAGUUGAUCCUGAAUAAUUAGUUUUUGAUCCUUCUAAUAUUAUUGUUAGAUUAACUGAUGAAUAAUUAUAGAAAAUUUACAGAUGGAGACUUUCCUAAACUGAUUGUUUAAAUAGAGGAUAUGUAUUAGAUGGAUAUCCUAAAACUUUUGUACAGGCUAGAGCAAUAUUUUUAAAAAAUAAGCCUAAUGGUGAAGACGAUAAUUAAGAUGAUGAAAAUGCUGAAAAAAUUGUAGAUGAAAAUAUUAUGCCACAAAGCGUAGUUUUUUUUGAUGGAAGUGAUAUUUUUCUUAAAUAGAGGAUUAAAGAAUUACCUGAAGAGGAAUUAUAAAAUACUCAUUAUAAUGAAGAGGGUAUGAAUAGAAGAUUAGGCUAGUUUAGGAAAGAUAAUUUAUAAUAUACUGGGAAUCCGAUUCUUAUUGAUUUUUUUAAGGAAAAUAAUGUUGAUGUUUAAUAAGUUAAUGUUUUUAAUAAAACCAAUUAAAUUUUUGAUAAUUUAAGAAGUUACAUUGAAAGAAAUGGUGCUUUUAAUAAUUAUAUGAUACAUUAAACAUAUGAAGAAAAAUAAAGGGUAAAAGAAUUAGAAGAAUAAUUAAAAUUGUAAAAAGAAAAGGAAUAAGAAGAAGAAAGAAUAAGAAAUUAAAAAGAAGAAGAAUCUAGGAAAUUAUAAGAAGAAGAAUAUAAUAUAAAGAUGGAAAAAAUUAAAAAUACUGAAAAAGAUAAAUUAAAUGAAAAAUCUUACUAUUUAAGAUAGUAUUUAGCUGAUAAUGUUGUACCAUUCUUAACUGAAGGAUUAAUUUAAUUAUGUAAAGAUCAUCCAUAAGACCCAGUUGAUACUUUGGCUUAAUAUCUAUUUAAAAGAAGUUUAUAAGUAAAAUUUCCUAAUCCUUAAUAAUAUAACUAAUAUUGA